AUCGUGCUGUGCAGCCAAGUGACAUCCGCAUUCGGUGUACAUUGCAGGCUGUUUUAGAGGUGCACACGCGCAGAACAUCACGUUCAUCGGAUUGCGUGUCGUGAGUCAUUGUUGUGUUGACAGUUGAACCAGAUCGGUCCUCGUGUCGCCGUCGGUUUUUGAAACCGAGACGGAUAGGCACGAGUCGCAACUGUGAGCGACGCGUUUGCAGGCCGCGUAGUCAGUGGACGGAACACACACCUUUUGCGUCUCAACUUCGACUUGAUAUCGUGGGCCGUUGAAAUACGUGGCGAGUGCCGCGGACGUAGUAGGUGAUUCCCAAACCGUAUUUAGAGUGCGGAUCGAACCACUGGCAUCUGGUGACGGCCGGCCGUGUGGCAAGUGCGAUUAAUAAAGAAGAAACUGCAGCGUCGAUAAAUUUCUUGAACACGGCGGUAGCGCGGUUAUGUAACAAGUGAAAAACUAGAUACACGAUAGUGCUCGGGUUGAAAACGCGAACGCGUUGUGAAUAAAACAGAGACGAGCAGAUAGACGGAGAGGCAAUCGAUCAUCGAACGUGACCGAUCGCGCUUUUCCAGCAACGGUGAGUGUGUGCGUGAGUGUUAAGCGACGGAGUCAGCGAUACACUGUGCUCCAGUCGCGCGCCGUUCGUUUUGAGAAUCUGUGAACUUUCGAUUGACACGCAGUCAGUUUCACGGCACCGAUGGUGCGAAGUUCGACAAUGGAGCAAACGUUUUACGAGGACACGAGCGUCUACAGCGCCGUGAAUCGCGAGAACAACGUGGGCCAGUUGAAGCGUAACCUUACGCUAGAUCUGAACGGAUGUCAGCGGCAAGGGCCUACAGCGAAGAGGCCGCGAUUAGGGCCCCUACCACCGGCUUUGAACAACGUUACGCCAAUUUUGAGCUCUCCGGACUUGAACAUGUUGAAAUUGGGUUCUCCGGAGCUGGAAAAAUUUAUCAUCGCUCAGCAGGAUAGUCUCGUGACGAAUCUACCAACGCCUACGCAGAUUCUGUUCCCGAAGGCGGUCACCGAAGCGCAAGAGUUGUAUGCUCGCGGUUUCGUAGACGCUCUCAACGAACUUCAUCAUUCGGACAGCUCGCAGGAACCGGGUAGCAUUCAUGGGGCCACGUACACGACUUUGGAGCCGCCGAACAGCGUACAGAGCACGGAAUCGUCGGUGAGCCAGGGUCUGGUGCAGAUCAAGGACGAGCCGCAGACGGUACCCAGCGUAUCGAGUUCACCCCCGAUGUCUCCCAUCGACAUGGAGAAUCAGGAAAGGAUCAAGCUAGAGAGGAAACGUCAGAGGAAUCGCGUGGCUGCGUCCAAGUGCCGCAGGCGCAAGCUCGAGCGCAUCUCCAAGCUGGAGGACAAGGUUAAGCUGUUGAAGGGUGAGAACAGCGAACUGAGCGCCGUGGUGCAUAGGCUGAAGGAGCACGUGUGCCGGCUGAAGGAGCAGGUGAUGGACCACGUGCAUUCUGGAUGCCAGAUCAUGACGGUUUCGGGUCAGUUCUGAGCCGACGGUACCGGACGGGACUAUCCGACGUGUAUUGUUUCGUCUGACGGCGGCUAUGGCUGCUUCACCAAUCGCGACGAUCUUGUUCCCCGUUACCGGAGGCAGAAGCUUCUAUUAUGGGAUAUCUAUGUCGUCGUCGCUUGUUUACAUUGGAUUACGUCGUUUUCGAUUUCUGGUUGCUUCGUUGUUUUCUGGAAAAGGGGACACGGUGAUGUUCGUGCGUGACGGCGUGAGGAGUGGAGCAAGAAGAAGAAAAAAAGGGAGUGCCUUGAUGUGUCGGGCGCGAAAUAGAGAGAUGCCUUUUUUCGGAAAA